AGGGGGGACGCUUUUGCUGCUGCUUCCCGCCGCGUUGAGGACCCCCUUCCCUGUCCUAGAACCGCCACGCUCGUGGUUGGGAUGAAGCCGCUCACCCCAGCCAAGCGAGCCAGCCUUUGGGGCGAGCAUCCCCAGGCCAGCGCGUCCCCCCGUGCCGGGGUGGGUGGAGAGCCGGGUGCCGAUGGUUUCCCCCCACAGCGCUCCCCGCUCUCGCCUCCCUCCACCCCCCGCAUUGUUCCCGGCCCGGCGGGUGGGAGGAGGAGCAGGGCCAAGGGCCAGCAUGCGGUAGGCGCCCGUGCCGCCGAGGCAGGCAGGAAGGCAGGCAGGAAGGCAGGCGCUGGGAGCGUGCCGCCGGCUGGAGCCGCCUGUCAUGUUGGUCGAGCUGUUCUUCCAGGCUGCCUGUGUGUCCCUGUUCUUCCCAGGCGGCCAAGGCAGGGUGUACCCCGGGAGGAAGAAGCCGGCCAGCUUUGCCGUGGAGAGGCGCCGCGUGGGGCCCCACGUCUGCUUCUCGGGCUUCGGCAGCGGAUGUUGCCCCGGGUGGAUGCUGUCUCCGGGCAGCGGGCAGUGCACCCUGCCGCUCUGCUCCUUCGGCUGCGGCAGCGGCUUGUGCAUCGCCCCCAACCUCUGCUCGUGCCCGGAUGGAGAGCAGGGCAUCACCUGCCCAGAGCCGCCAGGGACGUGCGGGGAGUACGGUUGUGACCUCUCCUGUAACCACGGCGGGUGCCAGGAGGUGGCCCGCGUCUGCCCCCUCGGCUUCUCCAUGGUGGAGACGGCCAACGGUGUCCGCUGCACCGACAUCGACGAGUGCCUGAGCGCUGCCUGCGAGGGUCUCUGCGUCAACACCGAGGGUGGCUUCGUCUGCGAGUGCGGCCCUGGCAUGCAGCUCUCCGCCGACCGCCACAGCUGCCAGGAUACAGACGAGUGCCUGGCCACACCAUGCCAGCACCGCUGCAAGAACAGCAUCGGCAGCUACCGCUGCUCCUGCCGGCCCGGCUACCACCUCCACGGGAACCGGCAUUCCUGCGUGGAUGUCAACGAAUGCCGGCGGCCGGGAGAGCGCCGAGCCUGCCAGCAUGCCUGCCACAACACGCCAGGCAGCUACCUCUGCUCCUGCCGCCCCGGGUACCGGCUCAGCGGCGACAGGGUCUCCUGUGAAGGCUACCCCAAAUCCAUCCUGGCCCCAUCGCCCAUCCUGCAGUCCCUGCAGCAUCCGCCCACCCUCGUCUUCCUCCCUCCUGGCUCCGGGGGAUCCCUCCUGGUCCCCAGGGGCUCCCCAUCACCCCACCUCCCUGCUGCAGCUCCUGGUACCCAACUCCCUUCCUCCUCUCCCGCUUCGGUGUCCCUGGCCACAGAGCCAUCCCCGCAUGCCAUGGCAGCCCCCGGUACCUCCACCCCAUCGGCCCCUCGCUGUUGGUACCGGGGGGCCCCUCGGGAGCCCGGCGCUCGCUGGACAGAGCCGGGGUGCCGGAGCUGCACCUGCCAGGGGGGACGAGUGCUCUGCGAGGCUGUGAGCUGCCCCGUGGCCUGCUCCCACCCUCUGCCCGCCCCGGCCGGGGGCUGCUGCCCCAGCUGCGCAGGCUGCCUGCACGAGGGGGUGGCCCGCGCUGAGGGCGAUGUCUUCUCCCCAUCCGACUGGAACUGCACCGUCUGUGUCUGCCUGGCCGGUAACAUCUCAUGCAUCUCCCCUGAGUGUCCCCCAGGCUCCUGCCCAAGCGCCUCGCCAGCUGACUGCUGCCCCUGCCAGCCAGCAAAGUGCAGUUUUCGGGGCCGCACGUACGCGCACGGCGCCCGGUUCAGCCUGGAUGGAGACGACUGCACCAUCUGUGUCUGCCGGGGUGGCGAGGUGGAGUGCUCCUUCGCCCCCUGCCCCGUCCUGGACUGCCCGCAGCACCAGCGGCACCUGGGCCCUGGGCAGUGCUGCUUCACCUGCCGGGACCCCCCGGCCCCCGCCGGUUGCUUCGUGGAUGACAACGGGGUGGAGUUUCCCAUCGGACAGAUCUGGUCUCCGGGCGAUCCCUGUGAGUUAUGCAUCUGCCAGGCAGACGGCUCGGUGAGCUGCAAGCGGACGGACUGCGUGGAGACCUGUCCCUACCCCAUCCACAUCCCUGGGCAGUGCUGCCCCGACUGCUCGGCAGGCUGCACCUACAUGGGAAGGAUUUUCUACAACAAUGAUACCUUCCCCUCCGUCCUGGACCCCUGUCUCAGCUGCAUCUGCCUGCUGGGUUCGGUGGCCUGUUCGCCCGUGGACUGUGCCAUCUUCUGCACCUACCCCUUCCACCCCGAGGGCGAGUGCUGCCCCGUCUGUAAAGAUUGCAACUACCAGGGUAGGAAGGUGGCGAACGGCCAGACCUUCACCCCAGAGGGACAGCCCUGCACCCGCUGUACCUGCCAGCUCGGGGAGGUGAGCUGCGAGAAGAGGCUGUGUCCCCACUCGUGCGCAGAGCCUGCCACGCUGCCCGCUGCCUGCUGCCCUCCCUGCCAAGCCACAGAUGUCCGGCUCCCGCUGCAGAGCAGCGACCCAUCCCCGUCCCUGUCCCCAACCCACGAGGACUCGCCCACUGGCACCCAGCACCCCAGCCCCACCACAUCAACCCACCCCCCCCGUCACCGCCUGGCUCAGCUCCUGCUCCCCAACACAGCCCCCCUUAGACCCUCUCCGGGGAAUGCAGGGGCUCAGGAGCCCCCUCCGACCACGUUGAGCCCUCCUGGGCAGCCAUUAACGGCUGCACUGCUCCCCGACAGCCCCUCCGAGGCCACAGCCCCCCCACCUCCCACAGACAGCCCCAGCUCAAGCCCCGAGGCUCAGGGACGCACCGGGGAUGCGGACCCCUCUGCUGUGCCACCGGCCAGCGGGGAGACCCCGGCGGGCACGUGGCUCCCUAGAGCCCAGGUGCCACGUGUGCCUGGCGCAGCAUGAGUACAAGGAGGGGGAAAAGGAGGAGGAGUAGGAUGAUGAAGGAGAGGAAGGGGUCUGCAGGACCAGCAGGCCUGGCCCACCAGGCCCCCAGGGUGGUGGGUGGCUGGGGAGGGGGUGCCAAGCAGACACAGAGGGCAACAGCAGCCCCGCUCCCACGGGUGUGUGGGCGCUGCCUCUCUCUCGGGCAGAGCCUGCGCGGUCCCCAGCUGCCUCAGGGUGCCGGCGUCCCCCAGCCCCUCACCACCCCACGGAGGCAGGACUGAGGGGCAGCACCAGCCCCCUCUCUGUGCCGCCCCGGCUCUCUGGGUGCAGGAUGCAGGGCUGGGAGAUACUCUUGGCUGCGCUGGGGUGCCCCGUGCCAGCCCCCAACCACAGCACGCACCCCUGGGGUGGGCGCUGCCCCUGCUCCUGGCGUGGGGAGGGGGCGAACUGCCCUCCCUGCCACCAAUAAAGUCACCCUGGUAUUUA